CUGAGAAAUGUGAACUUUCCUACUUAAACUUCUUCAUUGACUUCUGGCUUCUCGUAGUGCUCUAAACACAUACAGAGGGCUGCUCUACAACUGCUUUCACACACUUCUGCUCUCCAUCCCACUCACCCACCCACCGGUGCUGCUUUCACACACACACACAUAGUACUGUAACUGCUCCCCCACAAAUCUAUCAACAUGUUUCCUUCCUUCUCCUCUCUGUUGCAAACCACAAAGUAGUUCAUGCCCCUUUUUCUGCUCACAAGCUGAGCACCUUCCUCACUGGGUUUCGUACUUCGACAGGCUUUGCUAGCAGAAUGAGGCAUCUUCUCUUGGGACUUUCUCUGCUCCAAGUGUUAUAUGUCUGCCUGGGAUAUAACCUUGCAACAUCUGCUGAGAAGGAGUUCUCUGGCCAGUCCGGCAGACAAUUUGGUUACAGAGUGCGACAGUUCAACACAACCCAAGGAAGGAGGAUCCUAGUGGGAGAUCCGGGGUCAGGACAGAUAUACUCAUGUAAUGUCGAUAGUGAAUCUUGUGAUGUCAUCGUGGGGGCCAACAAAACUGACGCCACCAAGCUUGGCCUGACCUUGGAAGUAGAUCCAUCCUGCAGCAAAAGUAUUGUAUGUGGUCCUGACAAACCUAAAGAUUGUGGCGAUAUACCAUACACAAAUGGGGAGUGUUACACAAUUGAUUCCAACCUGUCCAUAUCUGAAGAACUCAAACCAGGCCAUCAAGAUUGCCAGAAAGCCGAGGUGGAUCUGUGCUUCAUGGUGGAUGGUUCCAGCAGCAUGGGGGACAAAGAGGUCAAUAUCGUAAAGGAAUUCAUGAAAAAUGUUAUAAAUAGCCUGAAGGACGAAACCGAUGUGCAUUUUGCUGCUAUCCAGUACUCAACUAAACCAAAGACAGAAUUUAGCUUUGCUGAUUUCCAAAAAAAUCGUAAUCCUGGUACUCUUCUGGCUAAUUAUAAGCUUUUAACGGGCUUCACAAAUACCUACAAGGCCAUCCAGUUUACACUAGACCAUAUAUUUACAAAUAGAAGUGGCUCCCGGCCCAGCGCUAAGAAGGUUCUUGUGAUGCUCACAGAUGGUGAAACCACAGACUCAGACACUAACAACACAAUACAGACGGCCAAUACGAAUAAAUUGUCACGCUACAUCAUUGGGUUAGGGCAGAAUUUUAAAAUCGAAGACCUGAAAGCAUUUGUUUCCCACCCUACAAACGAGUAUGUAAGAACCCUUGCCAAAUUUGAUGCACAGCAACUGACUACGCUCUUUGAAGAACUACAGCGCAAGAUUCUUUCUAUUGAAGGUGCAGCUCAGGGGGUGAAAUUUAAGCGUGAAUUUUCAUCUGCUGGUCUCAGCGCUGCAUUGCUACAGAAUACAGUCGUGCUGGGUGAUCCUGGAGGCUAUGAGUGGUCUGGACGAUUAUUGAAACUUGAACCCUCAGUCGAAGAACCUUUCAUCAACAACCAAGAAGAUUUUGGAUACCUGGGUUACUCUGUGAAGUUACUAGAAGCACCAGAGGGAGUAUUCUGCAUUGCAGGGGCCCCAAGAUAUCAGUACUAUGGGCAGGUGAUUUUACUAGAAGACUACGUAAAUGGUACAGGAUGGAAUGAGAUAGACAGAGUGCAUGGAAAGCAGUUAGGUUCAUAUUUUGGUGCAGAGAUAGCUGUCUCUGACCUGAACCAAGAUGGCUACUCUGACCUUGUGUUGAUCUCAGCCCCUCACUAUCAGGAGGAGAGAAGAGGAGGGCGUGUGUAUGUCUAUAGUUUCACAAAUGGUUCUCUCCAAAGCUCUGGUAUUCUCGUUGGGGAUCUUGGUCACCCCUUUGCACAGUUUGGAGCUGCUGUGUCAGCGAUGGGAGACCUGGAUGGAGAUGGUCUCUGUGAAGUGGCUGUAGGAGCACCAUAUGAGACUGAAGGAAGAGGAGCAGUCUAUAUAUUCAAAGGAUGGAACAGUGGGGUUCAAAAAACAUACAUCCAGCGCUUGGUGGCUCCUCCUGGGAAAAUGGGCUUUGGUUUGUCGAUCCACGGUGUGCUUGACAUGACAAAUGAUGGUCUUAUAGAUCUUGCCAUAGGAUCGUGGGAUAAUGUAACUCUCCACAGGUCAAAACCACUUUUUAAUGUAACGGUGAACAUGACAUUUGACCCUCCAGAAAUACCCACCUAUCAAUUGGAACGUACCAAUUGUGAAAGCAAAGUCACCCUGAAGGCUUGUGUACAUCUCAAAAGACUUACACCCCAAUAUACAAGACCCUUGAGAGUAUCGCUACAGUGUAAUCUUUCUCUGGAACUGGGGCGUGCCUUCAGUCGGGUCUCUUUCAAGAGCCGAGAGCGAGAAAUCAGUACAACGUUUAAUUUCAAAGGGGAUGAUUGGCAAUGCCAGAAUUUCACUCUGCUCCUAACAGACUGUUCCCAUGACGAUAUCUCUCCAGUGGAGGUGCUUAUGAAUGUCUCUCAGAUAGAGGAUGGAUCUCAGUGGCUUGUAUCACAAUUCAGCAAUCUCAAAACAGUUGCCCAGCUUCCCCUUCAGAUAUGCGGUGGUAGUGAUGUCUGCACUCCUAAUCUCAUUGUACGCUUCCAUAGUGUCAGUUCAUUGAUUGUACGGAAUGCUGAUUUAUAUUCAUUGCACCUGGAGUUGCAGAACAUGGGCGAAAUUGGUCUUGGAGUCAGCCUCAAUAUCACUUAUCCACUUGGACUGUCCUACCGCAAGAGUAACGUCACAGAGGCUUCAAGACGAAACCUUUUGAGUUGCAAAGAGUCUGAGGCACGAAAUCUAAUUUGUAAAUUUAGCCCAUCUUCAGUGAGACACAAAGAAUGGAUCAAAAUUCAAGUUAUGCUUGAUAUUAAUGCCAGCAUGUCCUGGCCAAGUCAAAUACAGAUCGAAGCAACAGCAAUGAGUGAUAACCAGGAAAAUAAGACUAUGAUCAGCAACACAACCGUUCAAGUCCUGUAUCCAAUUAAUAUCAUCACUAAAAGUUUGGACUAUUCCACAAAAUAUGUAAACUUCAGCGCACAUGACCAAAGUAUCAAUGUGACCCACCACUACCAGAUCCAGAACUUGCAGCUCGGUAAUGUCCCAACCCAGGUGACCAUUGUUGUGAUGACGCCAGAACAGCUGCCCAACGGCCUAAAGUGGGACUCAAAGAGCGUCUCUAUGGGCCAAGAUGUUUUUUGUGGUCCAAAGACUCCAAACUGGAUGACUUCAGAGGUUCCACACUCUUCCUCAGAUAUGAUAUUUGUGUGUGAGGUGGAAAAUCUGACCUCUAUCAGCAUAAGCAUCAUUGGAAAGCUAUUUGUUGCAGAAUCAUGGAAGGUACCCACUACAGUCAGUAUGAACAGUUCCUUGGUUGUCCAGUACAAUAUGAAUUUGUUUCACAGUGAAACAGGAGAGACCUUCCACAAAUCACAGAUAAUCACCCUGGUGGAACUGGUGGUGCUGCCUAAUAACCUUCCAUAUAUCAUUGGAAGCAGUGUGGGGGGAGUAGUCCUGCUCCUUGUCAUUUGUGUCAUUCUGUACAAGGUUGGCUUCUUUAAAAGUUACAAGGAACGGAUGCAGGAGGAGAUGCAAUGGCAGGAGGAGAUGCCACAAAAAUGUCCAGAAGGAACACAAGACACAACUGCAGAAGCUGAGGAUGAACCCGACGAGCCCCUUACCUUACAGACGGCUGCCCAAGAUUAACAUCCACUGCUGCCACCUCAGACUGCCACUUGCAGUGGUGUUACUUAUCUGUAACUUAUCACCAGGGAGCAAAUGUAUUACACACUGUACAAUAGAGCUUCCACUAUGGAUUGAAUAGCAGGUCUUCUGUGUUUGUUUCUUUUGUGUGGCCUACAGAAUGCAGCUUGCACAUACAGUAUCUAUUAGUAGAUGGUGAACUUCAGGAUUUGACUUGAUACAAGGCCCCUGAUGCAAAUGAUAGAGAACUAAGGGGUGCCAAAUAACAGUUGCAAUUCUCAGUUACACAGCAUCAGCCCUUGGGCGCAAUGGAGCCCUUUAAAUAUGCCAUAGUACAGGAGGGUGAGGGGUGGUAUGGUGGUCUGCUGCUCCUACCUACUGUAAGUCUCACCUGAAUUUCAGGCUGAUCUUUUACAGAUAAAUAAACUUGAGAGUGAAGUGACAGAAAAAUCUUCAUGCUGAAUGCUGAUGUUCCCUUUUGUUUUAAUCAGUCAAACCAAUGGGCACCCAAGUCUAAAUUACUUGGCCUGGUUCCCUACCACUUUCUCCCACCCGGCUCUCAUUGCCCUGGUUCACAUGGGCCCCUAAUAUCUCUGUGCUCCCCAAAUGUGCCCAAGGCACUUGCCUUCCCACCCCUACGUCUGGCCCUGGUUUGAACUCCUAGCAGAAAGAAUGCCAAGGCACACAUGAUAAUUGCAAGCAAGCUGCCUUGCGUGUUUAUUGCGAAGUGCAACGUUUCGGGGUCACGCCCCAUUCUCAAGCAUAGUUGAACUACCUGGUUUGAACUCCCACAUUGGUGGUGAGAAGACAUGAGAACAAAUAUAUGUAAAUAUCAAGCAAGUGCAAACCUUACAGACAGCCAUAUCUUCUCAUUCUCUCUCUUAUACUGAUUAUUUUUAAAGGAUAAGUAAACCUUUAAAAUAAGUCAAUGUAAAAUUGAUGAGGGGGC